GGAUCUCCCACUUCCCUCGCCAGACAUCAGCCAGCAACACAGGCGAACGCAGCUCUCUCUCUCUCUUCCUCUGAUUCUCCCUCACACACACACACACACACACACGCACACACGCGCACUCAGCCUCUAUCUCUGCAGCUGCAUCACAUCCAGAGAGACCACAACAGCAGCCGGACCUCACGCAAACAAACGAACAACGCAGUCGCUCAAACCCACUUCACCCGCAUCUCCCGAAGAGGAUCCGAGCAGGAGACGCGCCGACCGCUGCACAUAGAGGAAUCUACGGCCGCACCGAGCGCCUCUGAGGAAGACCUUUAUCCGCUACCCGCUUUUCGCCACCCUUAAAAAAACCACCACACGCUGGUGACCCUUCUCCGCCGUGCCACAAUGUCCGAGGUGCUGCCAUACAACGAGGGGAAAAUGAGCGGCUACGGGGCGGACAGCGAGGUCAGCCAGAUGUCCUUUAGCUGCGGACUGCAGGACACAAGCGCCUUUUUCGCUUCGUCGCAGGCGAAAAGACCCCCGAAACUUGGACAGAUCGGCCGAGCCAAGCGAGUGGUCAUCGAGGACGACCGAAUAGACGAGGUCCUGAAGGGGAUGACGGACAAGUCUUCGCCCGGCGUUUAAACGCGAUCGAUGCCUUGCAGACUUUUUUAAUUUUGAUCACCGAUUUGAAGCACUUGUCGGCUGUGCAUGUUCGAGGACUGCAGGAGAAAAAAACGGCGGCACGAAGCGAGGACGGGAUGAGGAUGAUGAUGAUGAUGGUGGUGAUGAUGGGAGGAAAAUGAGAAAGGGGCAAUGGAAGAGGGGAGAAAGAAGGCUUAACGGAUGAGAGGGAGACGGAGAGAUGGAGGAAGAUUGAGAAAAAGGAAGAGAGGAAGAAAAGGAGAGAGAGAGAGACUCUGGAAAAGACCAAGAUUUAUCAUGGGAUUGCUGGCAAUUCUCCAAACGAAUCCCGAUUUUAACUACUGCUGCGCAGCAAGAUGUUGAGAUGGCGGAACCUGCUCUGUGUCUCAACCUCUGCUGACUUUAAUGAUGGAUGAACUUGUCAUUACUGAUCACGACCAUCUCCUUUAUUUCCAUUUCCAAAAAGCGCUGUAAGCAACAAAAAUACUGCAACUAUAGAGGGCGAAGAUAGACCCCAGCCCUAUUUCAAUAAGUUGUACAGUAGGUAGGCUAAGCUCUCAGACGCCCCCCACCUCCCCUCCCCUCCCCCUUUCCUCCCUCCCCCCUCCUUCCUGCAGGCUUUGCUUUGUUGAUUCAGUCAGCGACGGUGCAUUCAAGGGAGCUGUCCUUUCAGCACUGAUCCAAUGCAUUCCUGUUGCUGCUAAUGCUUUUUUUAAAAAAAAACAAAAGAAAAAGAAAACAGACCAACCAAACUCUUCAGUCUACUAAACACAGGAGAUUCAUUGUAUGUAAAAAGAAAUUAACAUAUAUCCGAGAAUGGUGCAAUGUUAAUAUUUUCUGUAGUAGAACCCCGUUUGUUUUGGCACUUGAACAGCAUUAGGCCACAGAUUAAACCCCCUUCUUCUUCUUCUUCUUCUUCUUCUUGCAUUACCCAUCAGUGGUUAAAGGUGCAGACCAGCAUCUUCAUGUAGCUUCUUUACACCUGCACAUAUCUUUAUUUCAUCUAUUUGGUUUGCAUUUACAAAUGCUCAGAUAUCUACAGAGGCCAGCUGAAAAAUGAAGCAGAGAUUAUAGUAAAUGUUUUAAAUAAUAGUCAUGAUAAUUGAUGGAAAGAGGAAAAAAACAAAAAAAAGCUUUCUAUUAUCGGGUUCAUUUUAAUUUUGCGACUAUUUUGUGUUUCGUCCUCGAUGAAUUUGAAGUUUUUCUCCAUCUAUUUGCAUGAAGUGUCACUCCGGUGCCAACACAGGUGCCACCGCUCUUACCCUGGCACGCUUCUUUUUAACGAAAAGUCAUAUUUGUAUUUUUAUAUCUAAAUAUUUGUUAUUUAAAUUAUAUGCUAGUCUAUCGUCUUACAAUUCAUCAACAGAAAUAUUUGUACUUCAGAGAGGAUAUACAGAAGGAGACUAGGCUUCGUAGAGGCGAAUCUUACGAUUUUUUUGGUUGUGGUGGACUGGUCUCACUCUAUAUCAGACGUCGGACGUUUUUUAAGGACUAACUGAAUGUGUCUGGGGUUUUUGCACACAUCAAUGUUAAACUAUUAUUAAGAAAUCGUAUACUGUGACUUGAGCUUCGUUGAUGAAUUUGUUAGAAAAUGGCAGUUUUAGAGUAUAUUGCACUGUUUACGAGUAUCCUCAAAUAACACGUCGUUAUUUGACCGAUUUUGGACAUUUUUUUGUUUUUUAAUUCUGCUUUAUUUUGUACCAUUAUUUUAAAGAAACUGGAUAUUGGUUUGUUGUGCAUGAAACCUUAAUAUUUUCAAUAAUGAAACAUUGUUUUAUGAAGCAAAAAAGCAACAAAAAUGUCAUGACAUUCUAAGAAUGAGUCAUUGUAUAUUACGAUGCCAUUUUCACUGUAUUUGGUGAAUUAAUAAAUGGUGACAGAAAAUGUUAA